GAAGUUAGAACCCAACUGAGGAAAUGAGGAGAGAAAUACUAACAUGGUGUUCUACCCUCGUCUUUCUGUGCCUGCUUGCUCUGUCUGCAUGUGAAAGCACUUCUACAGUACCUAAAGCUGAAGGUCAUGGACCUCAGAAGAAAGAGAAGCAACUGAAGGAUGUAUAUGAUAUAAUGACCAAAUCAAGUGGAAAAGGCCAUCAAAGAACAUAUGGGAAAAUGCAUGUAGUUCAUCAUUUGAAGGUUUCCAAGAAAGCAAAGGGAAUAUACGGUGGUGCCUCAGACCUUAAGCGUCCAAAAUCCAGCCAUAGUGCAGCAUCCGCUUUCCUGGGUAAACCCCCCAAUUUAUUCUUCUCAGCGGUAGUCAGGCAUGUUACUAUCGGAUGGUUCAUAUUUGCUCUGUUUUGAUUGCCUGGACUGAUUCUGCAGAAGAUGAUUUAGGACUCAACCUGUAAAUCAGGAACUUUGUUUUUCGACAAAAUUUCCAACGUUAAACUGCCUGUUUUCAAUCCAUUGCUUUUGCAGGGGUACUUAUCAAAUUAGCCUAUUUGAAUUCGACUGUAUUGUGUAUAGUUGUGUAAAACCUAAGGGAAAGGAUUCUUCCAGAUUCCAAGUAGGAGCUACGAAGAAAAGUUGUGUAUGGUUCAAGAUUUCUUCACCUUAUAUAUUACAUGGAAACAUGAUGCUUGUACAUUA